AUGGCUAUUCCACUUGCAAACUUUCACAAAAACAGCAAGUUGACUUUCGAGCACAUUAAACAUGAAGAACCGUGUCCUUUAACUACCGAGUUUUUAACCCAGUUGUUGCAACAUCCACGGUACAAAAUCGACAACGACAGCAUAUCACCUUUGUUAGUACAGAUACUUGAUGAUUGUCACGGUUCAGAGGAAAUGGUCAAUAACAGAAGAAAGGUGAUGCACGUCAGUGAUAAGAUAAGCAAUGCAGACGACAAGUUAUUGGAGUGGUUUAGUGGCGGGAGUGUUGGCGAAGGUUUCAGAUUGAAAACUUCAGAUGAGGAUGUAAUGUAUAUUAUGAAAUCCAUUAUUGUGACAUAUCCUGAUCGAACACACUUCAUCCCUAAGGAUGAAUUGAAGAAAACCAUUCUGUAUAUGAGUGACGCUCAUUGCCGGCCUGGGUAUGUUACCCUUGAAAUAGCACAACUUGCGGUUGGCGAGGGAUGUACCUCCAUCUUUCAAAAUGCCAUUGUUCCUGUCGGAGACUCAUUGUUUGUUUCUAGUGAUAUCUAUAGACAAGGCAGAGUAGACCUAUUUAAGAGAAAAAUUGGCAUAGGCUAUGUUUCUAAUGGACCAUGUGCCAGUAUUUCGUACCAGAAUUAUGUAAAGAGUCUAGAUUUUGCAGUUGCAUUUCCCUGUGUAUGCUGGCCAAAUGUAGCUGCUGAAUGGAUACAUAGAGUUCGUCUUCAUGGAUGGCCGACUCAGACUUUGAUUAACAGAAUCCUUAAGGAUGGGUGUCAGGUCGUCCCUGUUGGUGAUAAGUGUUCUACAGACACCCUACUGCAAUGGAGAAUAUCGUUUGUCUGUGCAGAACAAAUCUUAAUUCAUUCCCUCAGUCAUUCUCAAUUCAGGGUAUAUGGAUUACUUAAAUAUUUCUUGACCCUAAUAAAAGAUACACUUAAGCACAUCAUUGGAGACGAUGAUAUCCUUUGUUCGUAUUUCCUUAAAACAGUUAUUUUUCAUGCAGUCGAAAACUCUCCGGCUUCGCUAUGGGUAGACCAAAAUACCUUUGUAUGUUUUCGGUUUUGUCUAUCUAUUUUGAUUGCAUGGGUCAGAGCGGGAUACUGUCCUAAUUAUUUCAUCCGAAACAACAACUUAUUCUUGAGGAAAAUUCAUGGAGAAAACCGUAAAAAACUGCUGCAUUUUCUUAUAGAUCUGCAUGACCUCAAUUGGAUGUGUUUAUGCUUAGAUUCGAAAGACAAUGGCGUUGGUCGAAUGCUCCUAGAACGGCAAAAUCCGACGUCUAGAGAACUUAUGCAAUAUCGCACGGAUAUUGAUCUAUUUCGAGAAUGUUUGUUCCAAUUACCUCGUAUCGAUAUCAUAGGAAAAUUUUCUCAUUCACUAAAAUGCCUUCAUGUUUCUCAAUCGGAUUCCGAGGAUUUGAUUGCUUACAGUAUAGUGACUGCAAUACUUUGUGGUAGAGCGCAUCAACUGUUUGGUCAGUAUAAUGUCACUGAAAGCAAUAAAUCCAAGUAUGUUGCCAUGAAGAAAUGUAGACACUUAAUGACAUCGCAUGCAUCAAUGUGUACCAGCCCAGGAGUAAUGAUGCUUGCCACUUGCCACUUUCUCACCGGAAACUACAACAAAACACUCCAGAUGUGUACAUAUAUGAGGUUGACAAAUAAACUCUUCAUUUGUUUGGCAAACGCCGACACCGACAGUUCAGAGGCAUUACACUCAAGGACAUACAAAUCAAGAAAUGGUGCACCUCUGCUAUACCAAAUGUACAGUGGACAGAAAAACACGUGCUAUCAAAGGUUCAAAGAAUGGUUUUACUCUUGUUUGGUUUUUACCGAGCACAAUAUCCUAUUUUGCAUACCCCACCUUCAACUCGAGGUUAAAAUGCAUAACCCGGGCGUACUUAUUCCUCCUUUGCCAUACGCCGCAUUUCUGUCUUUCCUCUGCUACCAUGAACUUGGUGACUUGAGGGGACGGGAUAAAGAGCUUCUAAACCUGCGGGCGGCCAACUACGACCCUGAACAAGGAGGGCAUCGCUAUUGGAUAAAUCACACACUUCUGGGGAUAUGUUACCAAACUGUUGGAGACAUUCGCAGCGCCAUCAGGUCGUUUACAGAUUAUGUAGAAACGAUGUCACAUUAUAAUCCUGCUGUAGAGAGAAUAGAAACGCUUCUUAGAUCUUCGUAG